GUACGAGGGUAUUGUCACAGCAGCAGCAACAUGUCGACUGGGGACAGUUUUGAGACGCGGUUUGAAAAAAUCGACAACCUGCUGCGGGAUCCCAAAUCGGAAGUGAAUUCAGAUUGUCUGCUGGAUGGAUUGGAUGCUUUGGUAUAUGAUUUGGAUUUUCCUGCCUUAAGAAAAAACAAAAAUAUUGACAACUUUUUAAGCAGAUAUAAAGACACAAUAAAUAAAAUUAGAGAUUUACGAAUGAAAGCUGAAGAUUAUGAAGUAGUGAAGGUGAUUGGUAGAGGUGCAUUUGGAGAAGUUCAACUGGUAAGGCAUAAAUCCACCAGGAAGGUAUAUGCUAUGAAGCUCCUCAGCAAAUUUGAAAUGAUUAAGAGAUCUGAUUCUGCUUUUUUCUGGGAAGAAAGGGACAUCAUGGCUUUUGCUAACAGUCCUUGGGUUGUUCAGCUAUUUUAUGCAUUCCAAGAUGAUCGUUAUCUCUACAUGGUAAUGGAAUACAUGCCUGGUGGAGAUCUUGUAAAUUUAAUGAGCAACUAUGAUGUGCCUGAAAAAUGGGCCCGAUUCUACACCGCAGAAGUAGUUCUUGCAUUGGAUGCAAUCCACUCCAUGGGUUUUAUCCAUAGAGAUGUGAAGCCUGAUAACAUGCUGCUGGAUAAAUCUGGACAUUUGAAGUUAGCAGAUUUUGGUACUUGUAUGAAGAUGAAUAAGGAAGGCAUGGUACGAUGUGAUACAGCAGUUGGAACACCUGAUUAUAUUUCCCCUGAAGUAUUAAAAUCUCAAGGUGGCGAUGGUUAUUAUGGACGAGAAUGUGACUGGUGGUCAGUUGGGGUAUUUUUGUAUGAAAUGCUUGUAGGUGAUACACCAUUUUAUGCAGAUUCUCUGGUUGGAACUUACAGUAAGAUUAUGAACCAUAAAAAUUCUCUUACCUUCCCUGAUGAUAAUGACAUAUCAAAAGAAGCAAAAAAUCUUAUUUGUGCCUUCCUUACUGACAGAGAGGUGAGAUUAGGGCGAAAUGGUGUAGAAGAAAUCAAACGACAUCUCUUCUUCAAAAAUGAUCAGUGGGCUUGGGAAACACUUCGAGACACUGUAGCACCAGUUGUACCUGAUUUAAGUAGUGACAUAGACACAAGUAACUUUGAUGACUUGGAAGAAGAUAAAGGAGAUGAAGAAACAUUCCCUAUACCUAAAGCUUUUGUUGGCAAUCAACUACCUUUUGUAGGAUUUACAUAUUAUAGCAAUCGUAGAUACUUAUCUUCAGCAAAUCCUAACGAUAACAAAACUAGCUCUAAUGUGGAUAAAAGCUUGCAGGAAAAUUUGCAGAAAACAAUUUAUAAGCUGGAAGAACAGUUACAUAAUGAAAUGCAAUUAAAAGAUGAAAUGGAGCAGAAGUGCAGAACGUCAAACAUAAAACUAGACAAGAUAAUGAAAGAAUUGGAUGAAGAGGGGACUCAAAGAAGAAAUCUAGAAUCUACAGUAUCUCAGAUUGAGAAGGAGAAAAUGUUGCUACAGCACAGAAUUAAUGAAUACCAAAGAAAAGCAGAACAGGAAAAUGAGAAGAGGAGGAAUGUAGAAAAUGAAGUUUCUACAUUAAAGGAUCAGUUGGAAGACUUAAAGAAAGUCAGCCAGAAUUCACAGCUUGCUAAUGAGAAGCUGGUACAAUUACAAAAGCAGCUAGAAGAAGCCAAUGACUUACUUAGGACAGAAUCGGACACAGCAGUUAGAUUAAGGAAGAGUCACACAGAGAUGAGCAAAUCCAUCACUCAGCUAGAGUCCCUAAAUAGAGAACUGCAAGAGAGAAAUAGAAUUUUAGAGAAUUCCAAGUCACAAAUGGACAAAGAUUAUUACCAACUGCAGGCUGUAUUAGAAGCCGAACGAAGAGACAGAGGUCAUGAUUCUGAGAAGAUUGGAGACCUACAAGCUCGAAUUACAUCUUUACAAGAGGAGGUGAAGCAUCUCAAACAUAAUCUUGAAAGAGUGGAAGGAGAAAGAAAAGAGGCUCAAGACAUGCUUAAUCAUUCAGAAAAGGAAAAGAACAACUUAGAAAUAGAUUUAAACUACAAGCUUAAAUCAUUACAGCAAAGGUUAGAACAAGAGGUAAAUGAACAUAAAGUAACCAAAGCUCGUUUAACUGACAAACAUCAAUCUAUUGAAGAGGCAAAGUCUGUUGCAAUGUGUGAGAUGGAAAAAAAGCUGAAGGAGGAGAGAGAAGCUCGAGAGAAGGCUGAAAAUAGGGUUGUUCAGAUUGAGAAGCAGUGUUCUAUGCUAGAUGUUGAUCUGAAACAAUCUCAGCAGAAGCUGGAGCAUUUGAUUGAAAAUAAAGACAGGAUGGAGGAUGAAGUUAAGAAUCUAACCCUGCAGCUGGAGCAGGAAUCAAAUAAGCGACUGUUGUUACAAAAUGAAUUGAAGACUCAAGCAUUUGAGGCAGACAAUUUAAAAGGUUUAGAAAAGCAGAUGAAACAGGAAAUAAAUACUUUAUUGGAAGCAAAGAGAUUAUUAGAAUUUGAAUUAGCUCAGCUUACAAAACAGUACAGAGGGAAUGAAGGGCAGAUGCGGGAGCUGCAGGAUCAGCUGGAAGCGGAGCAGUAUUUCUCGACACUUUAUAAAACCCAGGUAAAGGAACUUAAGGAAGAAAUUGAAGAAAAAAACAGAGAACACUUAAAGAAAAUACAGGAACUACAAAGUGAAAAAGAAACUCUUGCUACUCAGUUGGAUCUAGCAGAAACAAAGGCUGAAUCUGAGCAGUUGGCUCGAGGGCUUCUGGAAGAGCAGUAUUUUGAACUGACCCAAGAAAGCAAGAAAGCUGCUUCGAGAAAUCGACAAGAGAUUACAGAUAAAGAUCACUCUCUUAAUCGGCUUGAAGAAACGAACAGCAUGCUAACCAAAGAUAUUGAAUUAUUAAGAAAAGAAAAUGAAGAGCUAACUGAUAAAAUGAGGAAGGCAGAGGAAGAAUAUAAAUUGAAGAAGGAGGAGGAGAUCAAUAUCCUUAAGGCUGCCUUUGAAAAGAAUAUCAAUACAGAACGAACCCUUAAAACACAGGCUGUUAACAAGUUGGCAGAAAUAAUGAAUCGAAAGGACUUUAAAAUUGAUAGAAAGAAAGCAAAUACGCAAGAUUUGAGAAAGAAAGAAAAAGAAAAUCGAAAGCUCCAACUUGAACUCAACCAGGAAAGAGAGAAAUUCAACCAAAUGGUAGUGAAACAUCAGAAGGAGCUGAAUGAAAUGCAAGCGCAAUUGGUAGAAGAAUGUACACAUAAGAAUGAGCUUCAGAUGCAGUUGGCCAGCAAAGAGAGUGACAUUGAGCAGCUGCGUGCCAAACUUUUGGACCUUUCCGAUUCUACAAGUGUUGCUAGUUUUCCCAGUGCUGAUGAAACUGAUGGAAACCUUCCAGAAUCAAGAAUUGAAGGUUGGCUUUCAAUACCAAAUAGAGGAAAUAUCAAAAGAUAUGGCUGGAAGAAACAGUAUGUUGUGGUAAGCAGCAAAAAAAUUUUGUUCUAUAAUGAUGAACAAGAUAAGGAACAAUCCAAUCCGUCUAUGGUAUUGGACAUUGAUAAAUUGUUUCAUGUUCGUCCUGUAACACAAGGAGAUGUGUACAGAGCUGAAACUGAAGAAAUUCCUAAAAUAUUCCAGAUACUGUAUGCAAAUGAAGGUGAAUGUAGAAAAGACUUAGAGGUGGAACCAGUACAACAAGCUGAAAAAACAAGUUUUCAAAACCACAAAGGCCAUGAGUUCAUUCCUACACUCUACCACUUUCCCGCCAACUGUGAGGCCUGUGCCAAACCUCUCUGGCAUGUUUUUAAGCCACCUCCUGCCCUGGAGUGUCGAAGAUGCCAUGUUAAGUGCCACAGAGACCACAUAGAUAAGAAAGAGGACUUGAUUUCUCCAUGUAAAGUAAGUUAUGAUGUAACGUCAGCAAGAGAUAUGCUGCUGCUAGCGUGUUCUCAGGAUGAACAAAAAAAAUGGGUAACUCAUUUAGUAAAGAAGAUCCCUAAGAAUCCACCAUCUGGUUUUGUGCGUGCAUCCCCUCGAACACUUUCUGCAAGGUCCACUGCAAAUCAGUCUUUCCGGAAAGUGGUCAAAAAUACAUCUGGAAAAGCUAGUUAACCACGUGACCUAGUGCCUUGUGGAAUUGUGUGGGAUGCUACCUGAUGAAGCAGGCGUCUCUAACCAUGCAGAGCAGAC